GAUAGGCCUUAGCCAACGGUGAGGAGCAAGAGUUGAGAGAGAAACAAAGAAAUGUCAUUUUCCAAAACAAAACAUAAAAAGAGUGAAUCAACAUAUUAAACUCAGCUAAUUAAUUAGCUCCUCCUAAAACAAAUCGUUUAAGAGAAUCUGAGUUCAAUUUUUAAUGAAAAUAAUUCUUAACCUAACUUUACUUACCUGACAACCGAACUCUGAAUUAUCAGAGUAUUUUUUUUCGAGAACCAAAGGGUUAAAAAAAACAUAAAAAAUAUGCCCCUCCCUAAACCCCAAACAAUAACACAAACGUAAGAUGUAUGUAUUGUAUUAUGCGGUCCUAUAAUUAGAUACCAACACAAUCCACACCCACACCCACACCCACAACACCAUCUUUUAUCAUCCCAUUCAUUCAUUCAUUCAUUCAUUUAAUUUCACUUCAAUCACUUGAAUUCACACACUCUAAUCACCAACCUCAAUUUUACUCAAAUGGCAAAUCUUUUGCCAUCAAUUUCAUUCUCAGCGACUCCACUCAAUCAGCAUAAAUACAGAACUAAAUGCUCCUUUUUUCACAUCCACAGGAAGCAUCAGCAAGAUCUCGUUAUACCCUUUUCUCAGAAUUUCACUUCAAAAAUGUGUGCUACAUCAAAGUUGUCUAUAGAAGAAACUGAGCAGAAAGUGAUUCCUUUUACACAAUCAGAAGACAUCAAAACAUCAUUGUCUUAUUUGUUUAGAACAGAAAUAGAUGAAGGUUUGGUUAAAGUUUAUGUUAAAAAGAAAAAAGUUAGUUAUUUUGUUUAUAUUGAGGUUUCUUCUUUGGAGUUAUUAAGGAAUGUUGAAGGGGAAACAUUGGUGUUGUGUUGGGGUGUGUAUAGUGAUGAUUCAUCAAGUGUUGAUGAUGUAAAAGGGAUGAAUUUGAGUUCAUUGGUGAAGAAUUCUGUUGGAAAAUUUUCAGUUGAAUUGGAAUUUGAUGUUGAAAAAGUUCCUUUUUACUUAUCUUUUUUGUUGAGAUUUUCUGGGUUGGAAAUUAGAACCCAUUUGAAAAAGAAUUUCUGUGUGCCUGUUGGUUUUUUUCGGGGUCGUCCGUCUCCAUUGGGGAUCUCAUUUUCCCCUGACGGGUCUAUCAAUUUCGCUGUUUUUUCAAGGCAUGCUGAGAGUGUGGUAUUGUGUUUAUAUGAUGAUGAUGAUAGUGGUGUGGAUAAGCCUGCUUUGGAGAUUGAUCUUGAUCCUUAUGUUAAUAGAUCAGGUGAUAUUUGGCAUAUAUCUUUUGAGAGUGUAAGGAAUUUUGUGAGAUACGGUUAUCGAUUCAGAGGAGCUAACAGGGAUAGUAGUUAUUCUGAGUGUGUUGUUUUGGAUCCUUAUGCUAGAAUUGUUGGCAAUUCAUUUCAGAAUGGUGUUGGAUCGGCGAAGAAUCUUGGAUUAUUGAAAAAGGAACCUGCUUUUGAUUGGGGUGAUGAUUAUCAUCCGAAUUUGGAAAUGGAGAAACUAGUGGUGUAUAGGUUGAAUGUGAAGCGCUUUACCGAGCAUGAAUCGAGUCAACUUUCUAGUGAUUUAGCUGGGACAUUUUCUGGUUUGUGUAAAAAGCUGCAGCAUUUUAAAGAUCUUGGUGUGAAUGCUGUUCUGUUGGAACCGGUUUUCAAGUUUGAUGAGAAAAAGGGACCUUAUUUUCCUUGUCAUUUUUUCUCCCCGAUGAACCUUUAUGGACCAUCCGGAGAAUCUGUAUCUACUAUAAACUCUAUGAAAGAGAUGGUGAAAACUAUGCAUGCCAAUGGGAUAGAAGUUAUAAUGGAAGUUGUUUUCUCCAAUACUGCUGAGACCGGUGCUCUACAAGGUAUUGAUGACUUAUCUUACUAUUAUGCAAAUGGGGUCGGUGAUUCGAAGGUACACAGUGCUUUGAAUUGUAACUAUCCUAUAGUGCAAAAUUUGAUUUUGGAUAGCCUUAGGCAUUGGGUAACUGAGUUUCACAUUGAUGGUUUUUCUUUUGUAAAUGCUUCACAUUUGUUGAGGGGGUUUCAUGGAGAAUACUUGUCUCGACCUCCCUUGGUCGAAGCAAUUGCUUUCGAUCCAGUAAUGUGGAAAACUAAAAUAAUUGCAGAUUGUUGGGAUCCCAAUGACAUGGAACCAAAGGAGACUCGCUUUCCUCAUUGGACGAGAUGGGCUGAAAUAAAUACAAAUUUCUGCAACGAUGUGAGGAACUUUCUAAGAGGUGAAAGUCUUAUUAGCAAUCUUGCAACAAGACUUUGUGGGAGCGGAGACGUGUAUUCCGACGGAAGAGGCCCAGCAUUCUCUUUUAAUUAUGUUGCCGGGAAUUUUGGACUUUCUCUUGUGGACUUGGUCAGCUUCAGCAGUGGUGAUCUGGAGGCGGAGUUAAGUUGGAACUGCGGAGAAGAAGGACCUACUAAUAAAAUUGUUGUCCUCGAAAGACGACUCAAACAAAUCCGUAAUUUCCUAUUCAUCUUGUUUGUGUCAUUAGGAGUUCCUAUUUUGAACAUGGGAGAUGAGUGUGGUCAUUCUUCUGGUGGUUCUCCUGCAUAUGGUGACACAAAGCCCUUUAAUUGGGCUGCUUUGAAAACAGGUUAUGGUAAACAAACCACACAAUUCAUUUCCUUUUUGUCUUCGUUGAGAACGAGGCGGAGUGAUCUUCUUCAAAGUAAGAGCUUCUUAAAAGAAGAAAACAUCGAAUGGCGCGGAAUUGACAUGGCUCCGCCAAGGUGGGAAGACCCGUCCUGCAAGUUCCUGGCCAUGAAUUUGAAGGCUGAAAGAAAUGAGCUACAAGAGAGCUCUGCAUCUUCUGAUAUAUCAGGCGAUUUAUUUAUUGCCUUCAAUGCAGAUGAUCACCCAGAGACUGUAGUUUUGCCCUUGCCUCCAGAAGGGAUGUCAUGGUACCGCUUAGUCGAUACUGCUCUUCCAUUUCCCGGGUUUUUCUUGACCAAUGGUGAUAUUGUCCCUGAGCAAAUAUCAGGUUUGUAUACUUAUGAAAUGAAGUCUUACAGCUGCACUUUGUUUGAGGCAAACAAUAGUAAUAUUUAGGAGAAAUAUUAUCCGAAAUAUUAUCCCCAAUUCACCUACUCCCUCUUCUUCCACUGUAAAUUUUGCUAUUACUUGAAUUUCCCUCUUAGUUGUAGAUUUGUAAAUCAAUAAUUAUGAUAUAAAAAAAAUAAUAGUAAAAAAAAAAAUUGAUGAGGAUGAGUACCGGCCACCGGGCAAUAUCUAUCUGCUGGUAUCCUGUGUAAAGAUACUCGGUAUUUUUUUUUUUAAUGUGAAUGAAUAAAUAUUCCUUGUUUAA